AUGGCUGCAGAAUCCUCGCUGCCGUCCGGCUUCGGCACGAGGCCAUGGCUAGUCCAGGUGACGCGUGGGGAGCGGCAGAUGUUCGUCGACUCGUCGGACGGGAGCUCGCACGCCACGGUUGUUCCGGAGAUGCAAGGCAAGACGUGCCUAGGCUGCAUCCACAAUGGCGACUGGCUUCUGAUGUUGGACGAGUCCACUUUCGAGUGCUUCCUCCUCCACCUCUCCGACGACGACGAGGACGACCCAUCCAAAAAGAUCCCCCUGCCGCCACUGCAGGAGCCGGUGGAAUUCAUACAGACGUGCGCGUUGCUCGGGGCGUCGCCGGCGGACCCAGACUGCGCCGUGGUGGUCGCCAUUGUACGAGUGGAGGAAUACACAGUAGAGAGGUUCCUGAUUCACUGCCGCCCCGGUGAUGAACAUUGGGCCAAGCUCGAGUCCCCGAAGCUUUGUUUCCCGAGCCUUAUGAUCAGCCACAGAGGACAGAUCUACUGUUUCGGUGCUUCCGACACACUCUUCGUGAUAGGCGACGACAACGGCACGGUCCAGGCUCGGCAGAUCGGCACUCUCGGUGGCACCAAGGAGGUACACGACAGGUCCGCCAUGUACUACGUCGUGGAGUCGUGCGGGGAUCUCUUCCUAGUAGUCACCGAGCAGUUUGGGGAUUUCUCCGAAGAGGGCGUACUCACCGGCAUCAUGGUGUACCGCCUGGAUCUCAAGUCCAUGAUGUGGAGGAGGGUGCACAGCAUCGGCAGCGACCAUGCCUUCCUCGUCUCCGGCCAUUACGGCUACUCCGUGCCCGUGGGUCAAGGGGCAGGGGGUCUGGUGCCGCAGGGCAACUGCGUGUACCUUGUGUUGUCGAGCUGCGACUGCGAGAGACUAUACUCUGUCUGCUUGGACGACAUGACCAUCAGCUUCUGUCAGAUUCUUCCCCACCCUACCGAGCCUUGGUGCAGAGCAUUUUGGGCCGUUCCGCCAUUGGCAACGGUGGUGAAAGAGAUAAAAUUGUUAAACACUGACAGCCUAAUACCUGAAGAGGUUUGUGAGUCCAUCUCCAUCCUCAAGUUGGAGGAGGAGGAGCAGCAGCAGCAGCAAGCGACAUCUUGGAAUACACGGCCAUGGCAAGAUCUGCCACUGGAACUGCUGGAGCUGGUCGUCUCCGAGCUAUCAUUGGUGGAUCGUCUCCGGUUUCCGGCCGUGUGCAAGUCAUGGAGCAUGGUCUCUAACCCGGUUGAGCAAGCCAAGGUGUGGCCUUGGCUGAUGCACUGGUCCGGUCGAGACGGGGUGUGCAAGCUGUUCGACCCUCUACGCUGCCAGGAGUACACCAUAGGUGUUGGAAUGUCCGAAGAUGAAGACAACGAGCAUAUUUUCCGUUUCUCCAAAGAUGGUUGGGUUGCUGUGUCGACAAACCCUGACAUCGAUGACAUCUACCUCAUAAACCCGUUCACCGAGGACACGGUGGAGGUCGCCAUGCUUGAGGGGAAAUACAACUACAUGGGCUUCUCGUGGUCCUCGGUUGACCCAACAUCUAUAGACUGCGUCUUCUUCGGCGUCAACAGCAGGCACGACGGCAAGGCGGUUGGGGUCCAUACAUGGCGGCACGGACAGAACAGGUGGGUCGAACAUCAUCUCGAAUACUAUGAAGGAGCGCCGUUCCCCGUUGCAUACACCAAUCCCGUCUUGUUCCAUGGAAAGUUCUAUUGCCUUGGAAGAAUGGGCAAUCUUGCCACAUUUGACAUGGCAAGCGACACAUGGACGAUCUUGGAGAAGCCUAAUCCAAUCCACGUGGAACUGGACGUCGAAGACAAAGAUCGCAUAGGGAGAGAGUUUUGCAACCUGGUUGAAGUAGGAGGGGAACUGGUAUCUGUGUUCGUGUGUAAUGCUAACGAGCCACCGCGGGUGUUCAAACUCAACGAGGAGGACAUGGUCUGGACGGAGGUACAAGAUAUUGGUGGCGCGGCCUUGUUUCUGGACAUCAGGGUGUCAUUCUCUGUGGUGUCGCCGGAAACUGGGCAUGGCAACAGGAUCUACUUUCCAAGGUAUUCUAAUGAUAGGAAACAAGCGGCUUUCUAUGAUAUGGAGACCAAGGUGUACCACCCCUCCUUCUACGGUUUGAGGCAGCCACUGCGGUGUGUGUGGGUGGUGCCUAAUCUACGUCCGCACAUCUAG